UUCUAAGAGAUCGGUUUGGUUUGUGUUAGCUCCGCCGCGCCAGCUGGAAAAUUGUAUCUCAAAGAUCGCUGCCAGUUCGUUCGUUUACGGAAGCGGCUAACGCAGAAUCCGGAUUCUCAAGAGCCUUAAUAUUUAUCAGUAAAUUAAUAAGAAAUAUAUAAAUUUUAAAAGCCUCAUUCAGGAUUUAAUUUAUUGUUUGCAUAAAAAAGAAAUACAAAUGCCGCGUAUCUGCUUAAUGUCAGUGUGAAAACUCAAUUCAAUUUAUUGUUUGUGAUUGCAAAUUUGACAUAAUUGUGUUUUGAUUUAUUUGUGUGUCCGAACUUCGGAGGCAUCUUCAAAAAAAAAAAAAAAACAGGCAUUUAAAUCUGGCCAAGAUUAUCUCUGUUUUUCUUCUACCGAAUUGAACUCGCGGGUCAGUUGGAAUUUGUUCGCUGUGUUUCCAUCAAGCGAAUUGAGAUAGCGGGACAUCAUCAUCAUCAUCAUCAAAAUGCCAGAAAUGAUUAACUCCACCUAUUUUCUGCUGCUCUGCUGCACAGUCCUGCUGCUGGGAACAGCGGUAUCAGGUGUCCAGAAUGGUAGCUUUAAUAGCACAAUUCCUCAUCAGAAUCGAACUCAUCGAGGACAUGGUCAUAGCCAUCGAACUCGUCAUCAGGGAAACUUCUUACCAAGCCAUCAGAGGCAGCAGCGAAGAUUACAGUCGUUGAGUCAAGUCAAAUCUGAUGUGGAGCUACUGCCUGGGGUCACCAUGCAUGACGUCACCAGACUAAGGCGGGUCCAGCCACAUAAUCCCUAUAAUAAAGUGCAGACCAGACGCCUACACCAGUCACGACCCCCCACCGAAUGGGAUUAUAACACUUAUAAUAUCCUCACCAACACUUACGGUCCUCCUCCACCGCCGAUGCCAUCGUCUCCGCGACUUGGAAAGGGCGAGGACAACACCCAGGAUGUGGAGUUUAUUGGCAAUCGGGAGCAUGGCAGAGGUUUCUCCUUUGUGCCAUCGAUCACGGUAACCACCUCAGCACCACCAACGAAUCUGAAUAGAAGAUCUACGAGUCCUGGCUUCAACCUGGGCACCAUUCCGCCGCUUGUUCCGGCCAGAAGGGGCUAUGCUUAUACCACCACAACAGCUGCUCCAGUAAACACUUUUACCACCGAGAAUCCUUUCGAGACGAACACCAUUAGUCGAGGUUAUCCCACAGAUCCCAAGGAAAUGGAAAGGCGGCACAUUUGCAUGCAACAUCGUACGGUGACGAUGCCCGUGAAGCGGACAGAGGUCUACAAUCGUCCCACCUGGAAGCACGUGGCCACGCCCUGCCAGCCGCCCACCUUCACUGGCCAGAAAUGCACCAGGGUCCAGGUCAUUCACGAAAGGGCCUACAGGGAUGUUAUCGAGCACAAGACCGCCCAGCAGAUGACCUACGACUGCUGCACGGGAUGGAGCCGGGAAAACCCAAGGGCUGAUGCGUGCAUGAAACCUGUUUGCUCCACGCGCUGCCAAAAUGGUGGUAAUUGCACGGCUCCAAGCACCUGUUCUUGUCCAUCUGGUUACACAGGACAUUAUUGUGAAAAGGAUGUGGAUGAGUGCCAGACGGAGAAGCCCUGCGAUCAGCAGUGCUUUAAUACUCAUGGAUCCUACCUCUGCCGUUGCCGUCAAGGAUUCGAACUGCAGGCAGAUAAACAGAGCUGUAAGAAGGUGUCCUCGAAUGCCGACGAUGCCUUCGAGGCGCGAGAUUUGGAGAACGACAUAGACGAUACGGAUGCAGAGGUAGACACGCGACUGCAGAAGAUCGAAAGAUCCCUUGCUAACGAGCGCGUGCAUACCAACGAACUGCAAAAGUCACUCCAGGCCACAUAUAGUGUGGUGGACACACUCAAGAGCCGGCUAAGCACGCUGGAAAAGCAAGCUCAGGAUGUCAGCCGCCUGCAGACGAAUCUCUACAAGACGGAAUCACGAACCAAUAAGCUGGAAGGGAUGCUGAAUCUUUUGCUAAAGUGCCGGAAUGGCCCCAAUGAGAACUGCCCCUAAACAGAACUGCAUUUCCCUACGCUACUAUUAAAUGUUAGUUAACUUAAUUGACCAAUCUGUUUACGUGUAGCUGCUCCUGCUUGUAAGCCAUUCCCGAAUGCGAGUCGAGUGCCUCUGUAGUCUCUAGAAUCAGCCCUCGGAUCGGGCUAAUAUAUUAGUACUUAAGCGAACGUGUCAUAAAUGUAUCGAGAUCUGAAGUUAUAGCCAUAAGCGCACCACCGCACUCUGCACCGCCCAAUGGGGGUGGUGCACCGAUUAUUAGUUUCUGCAUGUAUCUGUAUAUAAUUGUAAUGUAUAUGAGAAAUCACUGCACAAAUAAAUGCAUUUUAUAAUUUGAA